AUGAGCGGAAUUCAUCGUUUUCUCACCCGUCGCGACCGACGGCGGCAUGGUAAAGAUGAGAAACAACACGCGCUUUCACUACCUUUGUUUCGUGGAUUUUUUGACGCUCACCCCGCAAAUAAUGACAACCAAGAGUACCAGAAGAAGGUCAAGUCAAUCGAAGCCCGCAUUCGAGCGAUGGGUAUCGCGGCUUUAGAAGAGCGUCAUUUUCACUAUGCAUUAAAGACCACCAAUAAUGAUGUCGAUAAAGCAAUCAACCUACUGUUGCUGCUAGAGGACUCGAUUGAGGGAAUCAUCAGAAACUACACACCCAGUACCAGACUUCUCGGCGCGGAAAAUCGUCAGGGAGUGACUUGCUACUUGGAUGCUCUGCUAUUUGCAAUGUUCGCCCGCCUCGACUGCUUCGAAGCGAUUUUAUACAAAUCCUUCAACGAUGAGCCCCGCCGCAAACUUGUCAUUCUGUUGAGAUUCUGGGUCAAUAUGUUACGAUCUGGGAGGUUGAUUACAACUGAUAUUACAAAACACAUCCAAGAUGCCUUAGCUGAAUGUGGCUGGAAAGAUGCAGCUCUGCUUCGACAGCAAGAUGCCUCCGAGGCAUUCACUUUCAUCACAGAAAAGCUAGAAUUACCACUACUUACCCUCAAAAUGGACAUCUACCAUUUUGGGAAGGAGGAUGCGAGCGACGAUCAUAAAUUUAUCAACGAACGCCUCCUGGAAGUUGCGAUUCCACCCGAACCUGCGGACGGGCAAAAGCUCACACUCGAAGACUGUCUAGAAGCCUACUUUAACAACAGGAUCGAAGUGAAACGAGACCUGGAACGACGAAACACAGUUGGUUCCGUUCGAUCAGUGGACUCGCUGUCCAUAUCGAAGGGUUUCACGUCUCACGUCGAGGAGGUCGACACAACCCCAACUAUGACACCUGUUCAGUCCUCUCAGGCUAACUCACCUCGUUUCGAGAAACCAAGUCCAUGGUCUUCUUUCACUGAAUUCAGUGAAUCCCUAUCAGCACGGAGGGCUGGCAGACGGAACAGUCUAGUCCGAGAGCGGUUUGUUCCAGACUCGGAUUCUCCGCAGGAUGCUGCUGGUGGCAUGGAUUCGUCUACCUCGGAAACAGAGCCUCACAGAAGGGGUAUUUACAAGAAAGAAGUCAUGAUGCCUGCAUGGCAAUUCUUCAGCCUGAUACCAUGGUACACCGAUAAUACACCAACCAAUGAUGCUCAAGUUGCGGCUCACUUCUCUUCUAAACGACCAAUUCUUGGCAUGUGCUUGAAGCGCUAUUCAUUCCUCCCCAAUGGAACAGCCGUCCGGCUCAAUACAUAUGUUGACAUUCCGACGGAAAUCGGUCUACCCCACUUCAUCCAAGAUGAUAACUUGGAUGCAAAUGCUCCAAUCUAUGGGAACUUCAAAUUGUCGUUACAAGCGAUGGUCUGCCACCGGGGGAAUUCGGUCGAUUCUGGGCACUACAUUUCCAUUGUUCGAGGCACAACCUCUCUCACGGCACCCCCGGGCUCAAGUGAUAGCUCAGGCCAAAUUUCUACUGAAACACCCAAACACUGGAUGCGCUUUGACGACUUGGCCCAGGAACGGGUGACUUUAGUUGACAUCGAACAAGCACUGAAAACAGAGUCACCUUAUCUGCUGUUCUACCAGAUCCUCCCUAUCGAUCAGGAUGCAUUCAUGGCAAACCAUCUAAGCCAUGCUACAUCCUCGCAGGCUUCGGAUGCUACCCUUGAUGUGGACAUGGCAGAAUUCACCAAAAAGUUCACUUACCAGAGCAUGGAUGAAACAACUGAUGGUAGUACUACUGAGGAUGUCGGUUCUGCUCGACCCAGUGUUGAAAUCACUGCACCGGACAAUAUCCCCCAACCGCAAAGCAAUGGCGGACGACCGAGUAGCAUUGCCUUUUCGGACGCCAGUAUCAACCCUCCUCCUCCUCCCCGUUCAAUGCCUGCUUUAUCACCGCGACUGGCACCGACGGAAGAAGACAGUGGCAAAGGUUUCCCUUUCUCACGACGUGGGUCCCGAACAAUCAAGAGUAGCUCCGGAAGCCGUGCGGGUAGCCAGUCCGGUGAGAAUCGAAUUGGCUCAACCUUUUCUCGAUUUGCUGGCCGGCUCAGUAAAGACAGAUUCACGAUCGACGGUGAGGGUGAAGCCGACGAGUCCGCUGUUGACAUGGAUGAGACUGUUUUUGAAGAUGGCAAGUUGGGACCGCCCCAAACAGCCGAUGGCAAAGACAAGAACGGAAGAGGCCGCACCAAGGAUCGUGGCCUGAAAGGAAAGAACAAGGAGAAAUCAAAGGAGAAGGCCCGCAAACCAGAGAGGGAAUGCAUUUUGAUGUAA